AUGGCACCACACUCCGACAGAACAGACUCAUUUGUGACACGAGACGCGAGUGAGAAGCCAAAACUUAGCAAGACAUUACCACCACGCAACGUCAAAUGGAUUGAGGAUGUCUCGUGGGAUACAAGUCUGCAGCCCAAGGACUAUGAGCUUCAGGGGACUCAUCCAGACUCCAAGAUCUUGUUUCUCAAUGUCAACAUCCUUGACUCCACAGGCAGAGAGCCAUACCUUGGAGACGUCUUGAUCGAAGGCCAGCGCAUCACCUACGUCGGCACUGUUCCUAAUGUCGAUGAGCUUCGCAAAGAUUCCAAAGUCCGAGUCUUCCACGGUCGAGGCCGCACGCUGAUGUCAGGCUUGGGAGAUGCUCACACUCAUUUCACGUGGAACGGAGGUGAUCUCGAUCGCCUGGGGGAUCUAGGCGUGGAAGAGCACACACUCCUGACGAUGCGAAGUGCCCAGUGCUUCAUAGACUCAGGCUAUACCAUGUGUUUCGGUGCAGCUUCAGCAAAAGACCGACUCGACGUUGUCAUCAGAGAUGCAAUCAACGCUGGUGAUAUUCCAGGGCCCAGAUACCUUGCAAACGGCAAGGAGAUGGCGCGGCGAGACGGCGAGUUGGUUGCAGGCAUCACUGCAUUCGCAGAUGGACCGGACGAAAUGAGAGAGGUCAUUCGCCACCAUGUCGAUCUCGGGGUUGAUAACAUCAAGCUUAGCAUGUCUGGCGAAGAGAUCACAGAGAUUCGCUCUGCCCAGGACUGCUACUUCACGGAUGAAGAGACCGCAGCCUGUGUUGACGAGGCACACAAGCAUGGUAAACGCCUGUGUGCCCACGCUCGAGCCCGAGACUCGGUCAAGAUGUGUGUCCGUCAUGGCGUCGAAGCCAUAUACCAUGCUUCAUAUAUCGACGACGAAGGCAUGGACAUGCUAGAAGCGGCAAAGACAAAGCACAUAGUGGCACCAGCAAUCAAUUGGUUGAUCGCAACGCUCAACGAAGCCGAGGCCUUCGGCUAUAGUCACGCCCAGGCUGAGAAGGUCGGAUACAAGCGCGAGCUAGAUGCAGCUAUCGUUGGCUUGAGAGAAAUGCAUGAACGAGGUAUAGUCGUUCUCCCCGGUGGGGAUUACGGAUUUGCCUGGACUCCUCACGGUACCUACGCUCGUGAUCUGGAGCACUUUGUAAAGCUGUUGGGUUUCACAGAACACGAGGCUCUCAUUGCGGCGACAGCCGGUGUCGCGAAGCUGAUGAUGCGUAGCGACGAUCUCGGCAAGAUACAGCCAGGUUUCUUUGGAGACUGUAUUCUGGUGGACGGAGAUCCAUUGGACGAUAUAACCAUCUUGCAGGAUCAUUCGAAGUUGAACAUCAUCUGCAUCAAUGGCAGAGUUCACAAGGCCGGUCGGAAGGAAUACAUUCCACCUCCAGUGGCAGGACAGGACCAUAAUAACCAUGUCAUUGUUCCGGACAUGGAUUAUCCAGAUGUUGAGAGGGCGAUGCAGAAGCAGUAUUGAUAGGAUUCAUAUGCGAUGUUUC